AUGUCUCGCUUCACGUCGAUGUUAAAACGACUGCAGCCUCGGAGGAAAAACUGUCGACCAAACUGGGUCCCGUCAAUAUUGGAGCUACUCCCGCCUGAACUCAUAUUGUGCAUCAACGAUUUCCUGGAGCUACCCGACACCCUCUGCUUGAGCCUGUGCAGCCAUCACCUGCGUGAGGUCCUCCGUAGCCCACGCGCACCGGUCGGGGAUACCCUGUUGAAGACGACUAUGCUUUCCAGGAUAGCCCCCGACCUGCCACACCUGUUCUACUGCUCCAGUUGUGCCAGGCUGCAAUUCACUGCAGAUAUCGUACACCCGUCUGUAUACGAUCCAGAGCCAUUCUCAUCAAAACGCCCACGGAUACCAAAAAGGUCUAAGCGCUGUCCGGAAAUAGACGCACGCAGCAGGGGUCUUAAACAUGGUCCUUUCCCCCGUUUGCGUGUUGGCGGCUGGCUGAGUUCUUCGUAUGCAUUUGCACACUGCCAUCUGAUGGCCGCUAUGAAGAACCACUAUCACGGGCACAGAUACGGACCUACAGCUGAGUCCUUAGCAUAUAGGAAGGUGAGGGAACUGCAAACGGACCCACUCGUCAAGACAUUGCUCUCUGUGGAUACACGGGUCUGGGCAUCCGGCCCUGGCAAGGAUGGUGCGGCGUUAGUCCUGCAAAUCCAAAAGUGGACGUUAUUUGCCAGUCGUAUUGAUGGUGAUACGAUAGUAGACGAUCUCAGGGGUACGAGCAUUUGUCCCCAUACACGGGUCUGCUACAAUCCUGAAGAUGGAGAUACGACCAGGACCACUGAAGGCUGGGGAUUCGGUCACGGUCACGACUAUAUGUCCGAGCAUCUGAGGUGUCCAAUCUGCGACGUCGAGUACCAACUCAGGCUCUGUGAUUAUGGGGCCGUCGGGAAGGCUUUUGGGAUCAUAACCUGGAUGAAUCUUGGGGCUGGUCUGGAUGUUAAUGAUCCAAAGUGGACGCGCGUUACAGUCUCCAACCUUUUCGGACGUCCAACAGCCAAAGGGCCCAAGGAGGCGUCCACGAUGUUUCAGGAGGCCUCGCGUCUUCAGCAACGGGGCAGUGAUCCAACAGACUUGAAUCUGUCUUUCUUGCUAGGGAAUCGGUACCGUCGUUCAUUGAAGUUGCGGCGUGAUAACCUGUACUCGUCGGUCCCUUUACCUCGUCCUCCCUCUCAUUAA